GCAGGUCACCAGAGUCUACAAAGUCCGUACUCUAAACCCAGAGAUCCAGUGAAGGGAAGAAAACCGAUUAAAAAAAGAAAGAGAAGAGGCAGAAAAGCAUGAGAGGCAGCGAUGGGAUCUUGGGGAUGAAAGGAGGGGAAAGAAAUAGCAGUGAAAAAUGGGUAAAGAGACGAGAGAGAUGGUUAGUAAUACUUGGUAUAGUCCUUCACGCAGUUUAUAUGCUAAGCAUAUUCGAUAUCUACUUCAAGACCCCAAUUGUUCAUGGCAUGCAUCCUGUCAAGCCUCGCUUCAAGGACCCUCCUGCUAAACGUCUUGUUCUCUUAGUUGCGGAUGGUUUACGAGCUGAUAAGUUUUUUGAGCCCGAUUCGGAGGGUAAUCACAGAGCUCCAUUUCUGAGGAAUAUUAUUAAAAACCGAGGUAGAUGGGGGGUGUCUCAUGCCCGCCCUCCCACGGAAUCAAGGCCCGGACACGUUUCUAUAAUUGCUGGUUUCUACGAGGAUCCUAGUGCUGUCACAAAAGGAUGGAAAGCUAAUCCAGUUGAAUUUGAUUCAGUCUUCAACCAAAGCAGGCAUACAUUUGCCUAUGGUAGCCCCGAUAUUGUUCCAAUAUUCUGCGGUGCCCUGCCACACAGCACAUGGAAAACCUACCCUCAUGAAUUUGAAGACUUCGCAACUGAUGCUUCCUUUUUGGAUGAGUGGUCUUUUGAUCAAUUUCAGAGCCUUCUGAAUAGGUCUACCCAGGACCCAGAGUUGAAGGAGUUACUUCUACAGGAUAAUCUUGUUAUAUUUCUGCAUUUACUUGGCUGUGAUUCAAAUGGUCAUGCACAUCGCCCCUUUUCUUCCAUUUAUCUCAAUAAUGUCAAAGUUGUGGACCACAUUGCGGAACGAGUUUAUUCUCUCCUUGAAAAUUACUACAAGGACAAUCGCACAUCAUAUAUAUUUACAGCCGAUCAUGGAAUGAGUGACAAAGGUAGUCAUGGAGAUGGGCAUCCUUCGAAUACGGAUACUCCCCUUGUUGUCUGGGGGGCAGGUGUCAAAUAUCCCAAGCCAAUCUCCAGUAGCAACAAUUCUGAUCAUGGUGUUUUUGUUGAUGAACAUGCACAUGACAUGCCAACUCCUGUAGACUGGGGCUUGAAUGGCAUUGAAAGGGUGGAUGUGAAUCAAGCUGAUAUUGCACCCCUCAUGUCAACACUUCUUGGCCUGCCCUGUCCUGUAAACUCAGUUGGAAAUCUGCCGCUUGGUUAUGUGGAUAUGAUUGAGGCUGAAGAAGUUGAAGCUGUUCUAGCUAAUACAAAGCAAAUCCUCAACCAGUUUCUUUGCAAAUCAAAAAUAAAACAGUCAAACUCCUUAUAUUUCAAGCCUUUUAAACUACUGGCUCAUCAUUCUGCUGCAUUAGAACACAUCGAGUAUCUAAUAUCUAUCAGAGACUAUGGAAGUGCAAUGAUGCUGGCUCAGAACCUCAGAACCUUGGCUCUCAAAGGACUUCAAUAUUUUCAAACCUAUGAUUGGCUUAUGCUGAUGACUGUAAUUACUCUUGGGUACAUUGGUUGGAUAAUCUGUCUUCUUCUCCAUAUUCUGCAAUCUUACACUUCACUGGCAGAUGUAUUUAAGAAUCCUCAUGAUGCAUGGCAGAGAAAUAAUAAAACGAAGGUAUAUCUGUUUGGAUGUCUGUUGACGGGAGCGAUUUCUGUUUUAUUAUUCAUGGAGAACUCUCCUCCCUUGUACCAUGCAUACUUUUCCAUGACAGUUUUUCUGUGGACCCAGAUAGUGGGUGAAUACCAGUUUAUAAAAACUUUGUGCCGAUGGUUAAGUUGGGGAAAGUAUAAUUAUAUAAUUAAGAUUUUGGCUGCUUCUGCUGUAUCAAUAUUCAUCCUUGAAUUCCUGGUGAAUAGUUUCACAGAGAGGAAGCUCUACACAUGGUGUUUUUUUAUUAUGGGGAUUAUAGCUGCUUUUUAUCUUUUUCAUGCAAUUCCCUGGAGAUCUGGGAUACCGAUUUAUGUCUGCUGUGCGUGCUGGUUUCUGUCUGUUUUUACUUUGAUGCCAGCAGACAUUCCUGAUAAUAAUGGACUAGUGAUUGCGAGUGGAGCUAUUAUUGUCAUUAUAGGAGCAGCUGCAAGGUGGCUAGAUCAGCAUUCUGAAGGGAAUAAGUAUUGGCUGCGGAUCUGCUACCACAAAAUGGAGAAACCCAGGUCCCCAGUUCUAUUUUUCUUGCAGGUUCUUUUGGUUGGAUUAUCAUCAGCGAUGGUGUCAAUAUCAACAUCUCACAGAAAAGAGAAACAAGAAUUGCAUGCCAUACACCAGUUAAUAAAUUGGUCUAUAGCCGGUUUCUCAAUGGUUCUCCCACUUUUCUCGGAGAAGAGCCUCUUAUCACGGCUGACUUCUAUAUUUCUUGGUUUUGCACCCACAUUCCUGCUUCUAUCUAUUGGAUAUGAAGCUGUCUUUUAUGGUGCACUUGCUCUUGUGCUUGUGGCAUGGAUUCUAUUUGAGAACACAAUUCUCCAUUUGACUAAGGUCGCGAAAUUGUCAGCUUCCAUGAAAAGAACUGGUGAAAAAACCAUGCUUGAAAAUGAUGUUAGAUACUUGCAGCUUUCUGAUGUGAGAAUUCCAUUAAUUUUUCUGAUUUUGUUUAAUGUUGCUUUCUUUGGGACUGGAAAUUUUGCAAGUAUUGCAAGUUUUGAGAUUUCAUCGGUGUACCGGUUUAUUACUGUCUUCAGUCCUUUUUUGAUGGCCACGCUUCUUAUCUUCAAACUAUUCAUACCAUUUAUGCUUGUCAUAUGUGUAUUCAGUGCUAUAACCAAACUACUUCAAGUUCCACGGGUUGGAUGCUAUUUCCUUGUUAUCCUAUUUUCAGAUGUGAUGACCAUCCACUUUUUCUUCUUGGUCAGAAAUACAGGCAGCUGGAUGGAAAUUGGUAACAGCAUCAGCCAUUUUGGGAUCGUGAGUGCCCAAGUUGUGUUUGUGCUGUUACUUUUUGCACUCACAAACACAUACACAAAAGACAUCCAAAUUGGAUCAGCUGGCUCGUCAUCUCAGAAAGCAGCUUAACCCUCAAAGUGCUAAUUAAGAAAUCACUUUUAGCAACAAGGUUUACUGCAAGGUGAUUUUGUUGCACUCGUAUGACAGCUUUAAUGGAUUAAGAACAGCUACGUUGUUUCAUUCUUUUUGGUCAUUGAUUCAUCUGAAUUCCAAUGCUUCUUGUGCAUACAAACGAGCUAUUGACCUUUUGGGGAUUUUCCAAGUUCCUUCCAGUUCCAUUAUACAAAAGUAAAGCUAAAUUUUGAUACCGGUCUUACCUAGACAGGUGAGUUUACCAUUAUCCCUUUGUACUGAUUUUUAACUGAUGAAUAUGCCACUGAAGAACUUUGAAUGACUACUUAAGACACUAGCUAAUUGCUUACUC